AUGUCGGAACAGGAUCCCCGGGUGCUUCUGCAGAAGGCAGACAAAGCCCUCCAGAGCGCUUCCGGAGGCUUCAGUUUCUUUGGAAACAAGACGGAGAAGUUUGAGAAUGCCGCAGAUCUAUACACACAGGCCGCAAACUGCUUUAGAGUACAAAAAAUGAACAAGGAGGCGGGAGCUGCAUUUGAGAAGGCUGCUGCUAUAUUUACGUUGAACCUGAACGAGCCAGGAGACGCCGCAAACACACUCACAGAGGCCUUCAAGGUAUACCGGAAGAGCGACCCAGAGGACGCUGCCAGAGUGCUUCAAACGGCUAUACAACACUACAUUAGUACCGGAAACUUCAGAAGAGCUGCGUCUCACCAGCAGAACCUCGCCGAGGUGUACGAGGUUGAAAUCGGAGACGAGACCAGAGCUCUUGCAGCUUAUGAGAAGGCAGCCGAGUGGUUCGAGGGCGAUAAUGCCGAAGCUCUCGCCAACAAGCAUUUCCUUAAGGUUGCAGACCUCGCUGCUUUAAAGGGCGAUUACGCCAAAGCAGUUGCCAAUUUCGAGAAAGUGGCCAAGUCAUCAAUCAACAAUAACUUGAUGAAGUGGUCCGUAAAGGAAUACUUCAUGAAAGCUACCAUGUGCCACCUCGCCUCAAAGGACCUUGUUGCUACUAACCGUGCUCUCCAAAGUUACUGUGAACUCGACAACUCGUUCCAAGGCACACGGGAGUUUGCACUCCUUACAGACCUAACUCAGGCCGUUGAGCAGGGAGACACGGAUGCCUUUGGCGAUAGACUCUACGAAUACGAUCAGCUGAGCAAGCUAGACAAGUGGAAGACGGCGAUAUUCCUCCGAAUAAAAAAUAAUAUCGAAGAAACAGGGGAAGACUUCUCUUAG